CUCCAGUUCUGCACGGGCUCGAGCCGCGUGCCCUGCCACGGCUUCCGCGCGCUCCAGCGCAACGACGGCAAGUACCAGCGCUUCUGCAUCCAGUCGCUCCCGCGCAACGAGCUCCGCUUCCCGCGCGCGCACACGUGCUUCAACCGCAUCGACCUCCCCCUCUACUCCUCUUACGCCGAGCUCGAGGCCGGCCUCAAGGUCCUCAUC